AUGGCUCUGGUUGACAAACGAGGCGCUCCGGGGUGGCGGACGUUCGCGUCGCGACUAGUACUUAGUCCGCGCUCAGGACGAUGUUCAAAGGAUGAAGAACGACAGCCCGCCACUCCUGCCGUCGUGCCGUCGCGCUCGACGGACGCUGUCCCUUCCGACUCUGAGAAGGAGGCUACCUUAGAGGCGUCGAGCGACUGGAUGCAGGACGAAAGGCAUUACCUCCCAAAAAACCACAUAGGAAUCGUAUUCACGGGUCUCAUGUGCUGCAUGUUCUUGGCCGCGCUUGAUCAGACGAUUGUAGCGACUGCGCUCCCCACCAUCGUCAAGGACCUCGGUGGCGGGAGCGAGUACAGCUGGGUGGGGAGUGCCUAUCUUCUGGCGUCGUCUGCUCUGUCCCCGCUGUAUGGGAAACUCUCAGACAUCACCGGCCGAAAGCCCGUCAUGUACUACUCUCUCGCGAUCUUUCUAACCGGCUCCGCGUUUUGUGGGGCGGCGCAAAGCAUGACCUGGCUCGUCGUCUCCCGGGCAGUCCAAGGCAUAGGCGGCGGCGGAAUAAUCCAGUCCGUACAGAUGGUCAUCGCCGACAUAGUCUCCCUCGAAGAUCGUGGCAAGUACGGGGGAGCAGUUGGGGCCACCUUCGGGGUUGCGAGCGUCAUUGGCCCACUCAUGGGUGGAGCAUUCACGGACCAUCUAUCAUGGCGCUGGUGCUUCUUCAUCAACUUACCCAUGGGUGGGAUAGGGGGAGUUUUGUUAUUCUUCUUCCUAAACCUGAAUCCCCAUCACGGAAGGAGCUGGCGAGAACACGCGCACGAAUUCGACGUCGUUGGUCUGGUUCUCCUCAUCUCAGGAAUCGUUAUGAUUCUCCUUGGCUUCAACUUCAGCGAAACAAGCUGGAGCAGCCCUCAGACGAUAGCCCUGCUUGUGGUCGGGUUUGCUGCUUUGGUUGCUGCUUUGGUCAACGAGAUGUACACCAAACAGUCGCCUAUCCUUCCACCACGACUAUUUAAGGCACACUUGCACGACCGCCCUAAUCUUGAUCUCCGUAUUCAUACACGCCGUGACAUUCUUUUGCGCAACCUACUAUCUGCCCGUGUACUUCCAAGUCAUGGGUGCCUCGGCGACGAUGGCCGGCGUGUGGUUCUGACAUACGGCCACAGGAUCAUCCCUUUCUCCCUCGGCGGCUCUCUCAUUUCAAUAGCUGGAGGUCAGAUCAUCGCUCGCACCGAACGAUGGAGGGAAGUUAUGUGGGGAGCGUGGGUCAUCAUGGUCUUAGGCUACGGCCUCAUGAUGAUGCUCGACGACACUUCCAAUAGCGAGAAGCUCUGUACCCGUUCGUAG